AUGGCUACGAAUGAAACAAAUAAACCUAAAGGUGGUUCUGUUUGCGCGGUAUCUACUUGCGUUAAUUAUUCUGCAAAAUCGAAAAAUGAAGGGAGAACUGAUAUUUCAUUCCACAGGUUUCCAAAGGACCUGUUUUAUCAGAAACAGUGGAUACACAAAUGUAAACGUGCGGAUAAGUGGAACCCUAGCUCAUCAUUCAUAUGUUCAGAUCAUUUUAAAAAUGAUGAUUACGUUCGUAAUUUACAAGCUGAACUUUUAGGCUACACUCCUAAAGGGCGCCGAUUAAAACCUGAUGCCAUUCCAACCUUAAACUUGCCAUGUCAUUUUAUUCAAGGUGAUGAAGUCUCUACGUCAACUACAAAUCGUAAUAAAAGAAUGGAAACUAAAGCAGCUCAACAGGUUAUUGUGGAAGUCAAUUUUAGAAUAACUGUUUAA